AUGACAGAGGGGAGAAAGAAGAGGGAGGGGAUGGGGUACAGAUUUAUUUCCACAGCUGAGUGCUGCCCCUCUCCUCUCAGGCUCGACGUGGAUCUGUGAUAGACAGCCGAGAGGAAGCAAGUGACGACAGAACUGAGGGGGAAGAGUGAGGGGAAGAAGGGAAUAAACUUAGGUGCAGGAGGAGGAUUGAGGACAUGGAUGCCCUAGCACUAGAAGCCACCAGUGGCAAAAAGACAAAUAACGGGCCGACAGUGGCGGUGGCCCCGCUGCCGGCUCAAGCCCCGGUCAAACGCAAACCUGCCAAAAAAGCUAAAAAGGCUGUUGUUUUCUUUGAGGUGGAGAUACUGGACGCCAGGACCAAGGACAAGCUCUGCUUCCUGGACAAGGUCGAGCCAAAUGCCACUAUUGGAGAGAUCAAGUCUAUGUUCCACAAGAGCCAUCCUCAGUGGUACCCAGCCAGGCAGUCCAUCCGCCUCGACGCCAAGGGGAAGUCUCUGAAGGACGAGGAUGUUCUGCAGCAUCUUCCUGUGGGAACCACGGCAACCUUCUACUUCCGAGACCUGGGAGCUCAGAUCAGCUGGGUCACGGUCUUUCUGACGGAGUACACUGGUCCUCUGGUCAUCUACCUGAUGUUCUACUUCAGGGUUCCUUUUAUCUAUGCACCUAAAUAUGAUUUUACCACCAGCAAACAUUGGGUCGUACAUCUCGCCUGUAUGUGUCACUCCUUCCACUACGUCAAGAGACUUCUGGAGACACUGUUUGUCCACCGCUUCUCUCACGGGACGAUGCCGUUACGCAACAUCUUUAAGAACUGUACGUACUACUGGGGCUUCGCGGCAUGGAUGGCGUAUUACAUCAACCACCCGCUGUACACGCCGCCCAGUGAGUUCUACGGGGAGCAACAGAUAAGACUGGCGGUCAUCAUAUUUUUGUUCUGUCAGAUCGGCAACUUUUCCAUUCACAUCGCUCUCCGGAACCUCCGUCCACCAGGCUCUAAGACCAGGAAGAUUCCUUAUCCAACCAAGAACCCCUUCACCUGGAUCUUCCUGCUGGUCUCCUGCCCCAACUACACCUAUGAGCUGGGCUCCUGGCUUGGCUUCACCGUCAUGACGCAGUGUCUGCCGGUGGCCUUCUUCACUUUGGUGGGUUUCAUCCAGAUGACCGUCUGGGCCAAGGGGAAGCACCGCAGCUACCUGAAGGAGUUCCGCGACUACCCUCCCCUCCGCUCACCCAUCGUGCCCUUCGUCCUGUAGAGGACUUUUUUUUGUAACCCUCCCUCAACCCAUCCAGCCCUCCCUAGUCGUAGGAGUCCAGUACCCUCAACAUUAACGGACAGGAUGCACUUCCUCUUUUCUUUCGUCCAAAGUUUACACCAGAACUUCAUGGAUUGACUGACGGAAUCCAUCUCUGUCCUCCUUCAUUUCCUCCCAACCCAUAUGUUCUUUCUGCCUUCCUGUUCUACAUCCCUGUCGUGUUAUAUGAAAAUAUAAAACACUACACUUGCAGUUUUUUUGACCGCUAACAAACUCAAUUCUGAUUGGUCGACUGGCUUAUGUGCUUUUGAUCUCCCAGAGCAGCCGUGACUCUCAAACUACCCAGUGUUCACUGACAGACGUGCUGUGAGACGUCAUCCUGCUCUUACAUCAUCUGAUACUGUUGUUUUGGGGCUGAUUCUGCAUCUAGUGAAAUUCAGUAAAUCUUGUUCAGUUUUGAUAUCUAUUGCUCUAAAUUUUAGACCAUGACAGCAUUUAAUUUUGUUGAUGUCUGAAGUAAUUUAUUAAAAAACAAUAAACCCAAA